CAGGUGCUAUCCCCCCUGUCUGACUCCAUCCUGGCAGAGAAAACUGUGACGGUGGUGGAUGACAAAGUGACCAUCACAGAACUGGGGGUGCAGCUGGUCACCGGCCUGGCUCUGUCCCUGCAGCUCAGCCCAGGAAGCAACAGGGCCAUCCUCGCCACGGCAACCACACAGGAAGUGCUGCAGAGUCCCAAACAGGUCAUUUCAACAUACUGUAUAUCUUCAGAAAUGACUGUCCUACUCGGUUGGCAGUCCCUUUGAGUAAGGGAGGGAUUUUACCACGGUGAUGCAACAGUGACAAUGUUAAUUACUGUAGUUUAUUUAAUGUGAACCAUGACUGUUUUCAUCCCAUUUCACACAAUUGCAGUCCUUUAAUGUAAACAAUUAGUAAGAACUGCAAACUGUGUGUGUGUGUGCACGCGUGCAUGCAUGGUUGUGUGAGUGUAUUUGUUUGUUCCACUGCAUUCCUAACCCUCUUAAUUCCAACUCUUGAAAGGCAGAGUGUGACAGAAUGUGUUUCCUUAGGCAUCUAAUAGAAAGGGAAGCUUAAUCUCAGAGCGUGUAAAAGCAACACUGCCCUAGCUGUCCUAUCAUCUUUCUCCCUCACUCUCCUUCUCUUGUGACCUCUUUGAUCUGUCCAUCAGCUUCUCCAACACACCCUCUAUCUUUCUGUUCCUCUCAUCCCUUUCUCUUUCUAGUGAGGGAAAGAAUGGAGGACAGGCUACUUUUAUCAGUCCAACUCUGUAGGGAGGAUGUCCGUGCGGAGAUAAGCGGCCAGUAAUUCCCCUAGCGGAUCUGUAAUUAGAGAGCAAUGGCGGACCACUGAGGGUUCCCCUGCUCCCAGGGAUUUGUCAUGUGGCCAUAUUAAAGAGCAAAUAGCAGAAUCACAGCAAGAAAGGGACUUAAGAUGCUUGGAUGUGUCAUAUCCUUAUUUGCAUGAACUGUCUUUAAUGUGACUGACUGUUAUUUUCACUAUGUUUUAUUCUGUGUCGCCUCGGCUCUCAGAGCACAGCAGCAGAGUCAGCGAAACAGUGGGUCUUAGUGAGCUUUCCUCUACCUCCCCUUUCCUGCUAUUAUAGUAUAUGAGUCUGAAUGACUCACAAUGUUGUAGGCCUACAUCUCUAAAAGUAUUACCAAAAAGAGUACAAGUAUAUUUUGUUGUUGUUUCCUUACGUUCUGAUCUUUUGAACCUUGUCCUUUUGAAGUAUUGAGUAGUCAGGCAACUUUGCUUUCUUGUGCCUCAUGGAAAUUGUUUAAUUUAUUUUAUUUAGCCAUUUAACAAUUACUCUGUAAGGUGUUGUUUACACUUAGCUUGCCUAAUGAAAUAAUAGCACAGGAAAAUUGCAGAAAUGGUCUUAUUUAUACAUUCUUAGAACUAAUAAAUAAAUGGAUUUUAAAUUGGUAUUUUUGAAGCCUUCAUUAUUCUCUACUUAUGUUGAGAUUGUUGCUGCUCUUCAAAAUGUGAUAAUGCGACCUGUGUGAGGUCGCUGUCAGUGUUACAUUAGAAAAAUAUUUGUCUUUAUUUGUUAUUUUCUUUGCUCUUGUUCAAUGUAAGUAGUCAUGUUUGUGUUUGGUUCUGUGUGUGUUACCUACUCACUGUGUGUGUGUGUAUGUGUAUGUUUGUCCAGGAGGCCCUGAUCAGCGCAUGGCUGCAGUUCAGUGAUGGCUCCAUGGCUCCUCUGGACCUGUACAACCCAGACUACUUUGUCCUGAUGGCUACAUCUCUGGAUGAGGAGGUGGUGACGGUGCAGCAAGACCCCUUCUGGAAGUGGCCUGUGAUCGUGACCGAGUCCGAGGGCCAGGGCCUGCUGGUCAGGGUGGAGAUGACCGUCUGUGAGCUCUGCCAGAAGUUCAAACGCCGCAGCGUGCUGGCUGCAGGCAACUGCAACGUCAGGGUGAAGUUUGGCCUGAGCGACACCGGCACCUCCAGAGGCAGUGACUACGGGCCAGAGGGCGAGGAGCUGGAGAACAGGGCCAGCGACCGCAGACAGCAGUCCCCUUCCCAGGACAGGACUGGUCUGGACGCCCACUACUACGGCAGCUCCAUCUCUGACAUGGACAACGGGGUCAUGAGGAGGGUCACCACCACCACCACCAAGAGUACCAUCGUCAGGAGGCCCAAUGGAGACAAGCUGUCAGACGAUGGGAACCAGGUCCAGAACAUGCCAGACCUCUCUGAAUUCCCUGCUCAGGUCGACCUCCCUCGCAGCCGCAACAUGGACGAUGAUCUGAUCCAGACAGCCCGGGGCCUCACUGACCUGGAGAUUGGCAUGUACGCCCUGCUAGGGGUCUUCUGCCUGGCCAUCCUGGUCUUCCUCAUCAACUGCAUCUCCUACACCCUCAAGUACCGCCACAAAGAGAUGUCCAUCGAGGGCCAGGAGAGCAUGAACCACGCCCAUGACUGGGUGUGGCUGGGGAACGAGGCGGAGCUGCUGGAGAGUCAAGUUAGUCUGUCCCCCCAGCAGGACGAGCUCACCUCCAUGGUGGACUGCACUGCGGGGCUGGAGGAGGGCAGCCACCUGCUCAACGGGGCCUCUGUCCAGAAGAACGUGCAGGGCCAGGUGCACCGGGCAGCAGACACUGGGGGCUGCACAGCCAAGGACAGCAAAGGAGACUCGCCGACCACAAAGAGGAAGCGUGUGAAGUUCACCACGUUCACCACCAUCCUGCCGGACAUUGGCUGCCCCACUGUCAGCACACUGAGCAUGGGUCACAGCCAGGACAUUAAGUGGGUGUGUCAAGACGUAGAGCUAGGGGACUACAAGGAGCCCUGGAACUACAUGGAGAGGUUAAAUGACAGUGCUUUAAAAGAGGUGGCGUAG